AUGGCAUCAUUGCCUCCUCCCCCUCCUCCCCCUCCAGGAUGGGGCGCAGCUCCUCCUUCGAUGCCGCUGGCGCCGCCGCCGCCAGGUUACCAGCCGCCGGCCGACCCAAAUGUCGCAAAAUUUGCGCAAAAGAAGAAUGAAUGGUUGCGCACGCAACGCAAUCGAUUUGGAGAGAAGCGCAAAGCAGGAUUCGUCGAGACACAAAAGGCCGAUAUGCCUCCAGAGCACCUACGAAAGAUCGUGCGAGACAUCGGCGAUGUCUCCCAGAAGAAAUUCACCAACGAGAAGCGGAGCUACCUCGGCGCGCUCAAGUUCAUGCCCCAUGCUGUCCUCAAGCUAUUGGAAAACAUGCCAAUGCCUUGGGAGUCCGCAAGAGAAGUUAAGGUGCUUUAUCACGUCAAUGGCUGCCUGACUUUAGUGAAUGAAACGCCGCGUGUCAUCGAGCCCGUCUUCCACGCCCAAUGGGCAACGAUGUGGAUGUCCAUGCGUCGAGAGAAGACGCAUGCGUUUCCCCCAUUCGACGACGAGGAGCCGCCUCUCUCGUGGUCGGAAAACAUUGAAGAUGUCGAGCCGUUGGAGCCCAUUCAAAUGGAAUUGGAUGAUAUCGAAGAUUCGGCAGUCUAUGACUGGUUCUACGAUCACCGCCCCCUUCUUGAUACUCCCCAUGUCAAUGGACCAAGCUAUAAGAAUUGGAACUUGUCUCUACCCCAGAUGGCUACUCUUCACCGUCUCAGCCACCAAAUUUUGAGUGACGUCGUUGACCAAAAUUACUAUCACAUGUUCGACUUGAACAGCUUCUUCACAGCCAAGGCACUCAACGUUGCCAUUCCUGGUGGCCCUCGUUUUGAACCUUUGUACAAAGAUAUCGACCCCAAUGACGAAGACUUCAGCGAGUUCAAUGCCAUCGACCGUAUCAUUUUCCGUGCCCCAAUUCGAACCGAGUACCGGGUCACUUUCCCUUUCCUGUACAAUACCCUCCCCCGAAGCGUCAAGGUUGCCUGGUACUCUCACCCCCAGACCGUCUAUGUUCGGCAUGAGGACCCCAACCUACCCGCUUUCCAUUUCGACCCUACCAUCAACCCAAUCACCCCCCGCGCCGUCGUGUCAAAAAAUAACACCAUCAGUCACGAAGAUGAGAUCUUUGGACCUGGAAAUAAUGAAGACGACGAAUUCGAGCUUCCAGGUGAAUUCGAACCCUUCUUUGAGAACGAGGAGCUCUACACAGCCGAUACCGCUUCCGCCAUUGCCUUGUGGUGGGCCCCUCACCCAUUCGAUAAGAGAUCUGGCAAGAUGGUUCGUGCACAGGAUGUGCCGCUAGUCAAGCAGUGGUAUUUGGAGCAUUGUCCACAGGGUCAGCCCGUCAAAGUCCGAGUUUCCUAUCAGAAAAUGCUGAAGACCUAUGUGCUUAACGAAUUGCACAAGAGUACACCCAAGGCUCAGAGCAAACAGAACCUCAUGAAAACUCUCAAAUCGACAAAAUUCUUCCAGCAAACUUCCAUUGACUGGGUUGAGGCUGGUUUGCAAGUUUGUCGCCAGGGCUUCAACAUGCUUAAUUUGCUGAUUCACCGCAAGAACUUGACUUAUCUCCAUCUUGAUUAUAACUUCAACCUGAAACCUGUCAAGACACUGACCACUAAGGAGCGUAAAAAGUCUCGUUUCGGAAAUGCAUUCCACUUGAUGCGUGAAAUUCUUCGUUUGACUAAGCUCAUUGUUGAUGCCCAGGUGCAAUACCGUCUGGGCAACAUUGAUGCUUUCCAACUCGCCGAUGGUAUUCUUUAUGCUUUUAAUCACGUUGGUCAACUUACCGGCAUGUAUCGGUACAAGUAUAAGCUUAUGCACCAGAUUCGUUCCUGCAAAGAUCUAAAGCACUUGAUUUACUACCGGUUCAACUCCGGUCCCGUUGGUAAGGGACCCGGUUGUGGUUUCUGGGCUCCCGCUUGGCGAGUCUGGCUAUUCUUCAUGCGUGGUAUCAUUCCCUUGCUUGAACGUUGGCUUGGAAACUUGCUCUCUCGUCAAUUUGAGGGCCGUCACAGCAAGGGCGUGGCCAAGACGGUCACUAAGCAACGUGUGGAAUCUCACUUCGAUCUCGAGUUGCGUGCGUCUGUCAUGGCUGAUCUGAUGGACAUGAUGCCUGAGGGUAUCAAGCAGAACAAGGUCAACGUAGUCUUGCAACAUUUGUCAGAGGCCUGGAGAUGCUGGAAGAGUAACAUCCCCUGGAAGGUUCCCGGGCUGCCUGCACCAAUUGAGAACAUCAUUCUUCGUUACGUCAAGAGCAAGGCCGACUGGUGGAUCUCUGUCGCCCAUUACAACCGGGAGAGAAUUCGUCGCGGUGCCACAGUUGACAAGACUGUUGCAAAGAAGAAUCUUGGUCGACUCACGCGUCUCUGGCUCAAGUCCGAGCAAGAACGCCAACACAAUUAUCUGAAGGAUGGACCUUAUGUUUCGUCCGAGGAAGCUGUUGCAAUCUACACCACUAUGGUUCAUUGGUUGGAGUCUCGCAAGUUCUCUCCAAUUCCCUUCCCUAGUGUGUCCUAUAAGCACGAUACGAAGAUUUUGAUUCUUGCGCUCGAGCGGCUGCGCGAGUCCUACUCUGUCAAGGGACGAUUGAACCAAACUCAGCGAGAGGAAUUGGCUCUCAUAGAACAGGCCUACGAUUCUCCUGGCACAACAUUGGCAAGAAUCAAGCGAUUCCUCCUCACACAGAGAGCUUUCAAGGAAGUGAAGAUUGACAUGAACGAUAACUAUAACAACAUCAACCCCGUGUAUGAUAUUGAACCCAUCGAGAAGAUCACCGAUGCUUACUUGGAUCAAUACCUCUGGUACCAAGCGGAGCAGCGCCAUCUUUUCCCCGCUUGGAUCAAGCCCUCCGACUCUGAAGUUCCUCCUUUGCUCACCUACAAGUGGACCCAGGGCAUUAACAACCUGUCCAAUGUCUGGGAGACUGCCGAGGGCGAGACAAACGUGAUGAUCGAGACCGAACUAUCCAAGGUCUAUGAGAAGAUUGAUCUCACUUUGCUGAACCGACUGCUUCGUUUGAUCAUGGAUCAUAAUCUGGCUGAUUACAUCACCUCGAAAAACAACGUUCAGCUCAGCUACAAGGACAUGAAUCACACUAACAGCUAUGGAAUGAUUCGCGGUCUCCAGUUCUCGGGCUUCGUGUUCCAGUUCUACGGAUUGAUGAUCGACCUGUUGCUCCUUGGUCUGCAGAGAGCUAGUGAAAUGGCCGGUCCUCCCGGAAGCCCCAACGAUUUCUUGCAGUUCAGAGACCGUGCCACUGAGACAAGACACCCUAUUCGUCUUUACACCCGUUACGUUGACAAGAUCUGGGUAUUCUUCCGAUUCCAGGCCGAUGAUUCUCGUGAUUUGAUUCAACGGUUCUUGACCGAGAAUCCUGAUCCUAACUUCGAGAAUGUUAUUGGCUACAAAAAUAAGAAGUGCUGGCCUCGCGACUGUCGUAUGCGCUUGAUGCGUCACGAUGUCAACCUUGGUCGUGCCGUCUUCUGGGAUAUGAAGAACCGCCUUCCAAGAUCCAUCACGACUAUUGAUUGGGAUGACACAUUCGCUAGCGUGUACAGCAAGGACAACCCCAACUUGCUGUUCUCAAUGAAUGGAUUUGAAGUUCGCAUCCUUCCCAAGAUGCGGAAUAUGAACGAGGAGUUUUCUGUCAAGGACAGUGUCUGGUCUCUGGUUGACAACUCUACCAAAGAACGUACGGCUCAUGCCUUCCUUCAAGUCACCGAAGAGGAUGUUCAAAAGUUCAACAACCGUAUCCGUCAAAUUCUUAUGUCCUCUGGUUCCACCACCUUCACCAAGAUUGCAAACAAGUGGAACACUGCCCUGAUCGCACUUUUCACUUACUACCGUGAGGCUGCCGUCUCCACCGUCAAUCUCCUUGAUACCAUCGUGAAGUGUGAAACGAAGAUCCAAACUCGAGUCAAGAUUGGCCUCAACUCCAAGAUGCCAUCUCGCUUCCCUCCUGCUGUUUUCUACACGCCCAAGGAGCUUGGAGGUCUUGGUAUGAUCUCAGGAUCUCACAUCCUUAUCCCUACCAGUGAUAAGCGCUGGUCCAAGCAGACUGACACUGGCAUCACUCACUUCCGAGCGGGUAUGUCUCAUGAUGAAGAAACCUUGAUUCCAAAUAUCUUCCGCUACAUUAUUCCCUGGGAGGCCGAGUUCAUUGAUUCUCAGCGUGUUUGGAUGGAAUAUUCGCAGAAGCGCAUGGAAGCUCAGCAGCAGAACCGCCGCUUGACGUUGGAGGAUCUGGAAGACAGCUGGGACCGUGGUCUGCCUCGUAUCAAUACACUCUUCCAGAAGGAUCGCAGCACCCUCAGCUUCGACAAGGGUUUCCGACUUCGUGCUGAGUUCAAACAGUAUCAGCUGAUGAAGAGCAAUCCAUUCUGGUGGACAAGUCAGCGACACGACGGUAAACUCUGGAACCUCAACGCCUACCGUACUGAUGUCAUCCAAGCUUUGGGUGGUGUCGAAACAAUUCUUGAACAUACCUUGUUCAAGGCAACUGCUUUCCCGUCUUGGGAAGGUCUCUUCUGGGAGAAAGCUUGUCUCGCCAAGGGAACCCGACUUUUGCGAUACGACGGCACCGAGAUCAAUGUCGAGGACGUGCGCGAAGGUGACCAACUUCUUGGCCCCGACGGAGAGCCUCGCCGUGCGUUCAACAUCGUCAGUGGUAGUGAGCGCUUGUACCGCAUCAAGAUCGGUGGCGAAAAGGAAGACCUUGUGGUGACACCAAAUCAUAUCUUGGUACUCCAUCGGGAGGAGACUGCCGCCUCCGAUCGAGCCAACAAGGUGUUCAAGCAAGCCGUCGAAAUGACUGCUGCUGAGUUUGCUGCCCUCUCCCCCGAGGACAGAGGCUUGUACCGUGCCUUCGGUUCUCCUGGACUUGAGAAAGGUGAUGAACGCUUGGUUCCUCAAACACAUAUUUUCGAGAUCGAAGAUAUUAGCCUCGAACUUGAGGAGACAGAGUGGGCUGGUUUCCGUGUCGACAAGGAUCAACUUUACCUGCGUUAUGAUCACCUUGUAUUGCACAACAGUGGUUUCGAAGAGAGUAUGAAGUUCAAGAAGCUCACUAAUGCUCAGCGGUCCGGUUUGAACCAAAUUCCCAACCGUCGAUUCACUCUUUGGUGGUCACCAACCAUUAAUCGUGCCAACGUCUAUGUUGGUUUCCAGGUGCAGCUUGAUCUGACUGGUAUCUUCUUGCACGGCAAGAUUCCUACCCUCAAAAUCUCGCUCAUUCAAAUCUUCCGUGCCCAUUUGUGGCAAAAGAUUCACGAAUCUGUGGUCAUGGAUUUGUGUCAAGUCUUGGACCAGGAACUGGAGCAGCUUGGCAUCGAGGCUGUUCAAAAGGAGACUAUUCACCCGCGUAAAUCUUACAAGAUGAACAGCUCUUGUGCGGAUAUUCUCCUUUUCGCAACCAACAAAUGGAAUGUCACCCGGCCUUCGCUUGUGUUCGAUACCAAGGACGUCUACGAGCCGACUACAACAAACAAGUUCUGGAUCGACGUUCAGCUUAGGUAUGGUGAUUAUGAUUCUCACGAUAUUGAGCGCUACGUUCGUGCCAAGUACCUUGACUACACCACGGACAGCAUGAGUAUCUAUCCUUCCGCCACAGGUUUGAUGAUUGGUGUUGAUCUUGCAUACAACCUGUUCUCUGCCUACGGACAAUACUUCCCAGGUCUCAAGACUCUCGUUCAGCAGGCUAUGGCUAAGAUUAUGAAGGCGAACCCGGCCUUGUAUGUCUUACGUGAGCGUAUCCGCAAGGGUCUCCAGUUGUAUGCCUCGGAGAGCAACCAAGAGUUCCUUAACUCUCAGAACUACUCCGAGCUCUUCAGCCCGCAGAUUCAGCUCUUCAUUGAUGACACUAACGUUUACCGUGUCACGAUUCACAAGACCUUUGAGGGUAAUUUGACUACGAAGCCUAUCAACGGUGCAAUUUUCAUCUUUAACCCUCGAACUGGACAAUUGUUCUUGAAGAUCAUCCACACUAGUGUCUGGGCGGGCCAAAAGCGUCUGGGUCAGUUGGCCAAGUGGAAGACAGCCGAAGAAGUUGCAGCCCUCAUCCGAUCCCUUCCUGUGGAGGAGCAACCGAAGCAGCUCAUUGUUACCCGUAAGGGUCUUCUUGACCCUCUCGAGGUCCACCUUCUUGAUUUCCCCAACAUUUCCAUCCGUGCCUCUGAGCUUCAGCUGCCAUUCCAGGCUGCCAUGAAGGUCGAGAAACUAGCCGACAUGAUUCUUCGUGCGACCGAGCCUCAGAUGGUACUCUUCAACUUGUAUGACGAGUGGCUCAAGUCCAUCUCUCCGUACACUGCCUUCUCUCGUCUCAUCCUCAUUCUGCGAGCUCUUCACGUCAACAUCGACAAGGCUAAGAUUAUUCUGCGUCCCGAUAAGACCGUCAUCACUCAAGAGCACCACAUUUGGCCGUCUCUUUCCGAUGAGGACUGGAUCAAGGUCGAAGUGCAAUUGCGCGACUUGAUCCUGAACGACUAUGGCAAGAAGAACAAUGUGAAUGUGCAGAGCUUGACUAGUAGUGAAGUACGUGAUAUUAUCCUGGGUAUGGAGAUUAGCGCACCCUCUCUGCAGCGACAGCAGGCAGCGGAGAUUGAGAAACAGCAAGAAGAGCAAAAGCAGCUCACUGCCGUGACGACCAAGACUCAGAAUGCUCGCGGUGAGGACAUUAUCGUCACCACCACGUCUCAGUACGAACAGCAAUCAUUCGCAUCCAAGACGGAAUGGCGUACUCGUGCAAUCGCAACCUCCAACCUCCGGACAAGAUCCAACAACAUCUAUGUUUCCUCCGAUGACAUUCGGGACGAAGGCUACACAUACAUCAUGCCUAAGAACGUGCUCAAGCGAUUCAUCACCAUCGCCGAUCUCCGAGUACAGGUUACGGGCUACAUCUAUGGUAGCUCCCCACCAGACAACGACCAGGUCAAGGAGGUUCGCACUAUUGUCAUGAUUCCCCAAGUUGGCAACACCCGAGAUGUCCAGCUGCCACACCAAUUACCCCAGCACGACUACCUUCAGCAUCUGGAGCCACUUGGUGUCAUUCACACAGUUUCUGGCAAUGAGCCUCCGUACAUGUCCGCGGCCGAUGUCACACAUCACGCACGUCUUAUGAACGCUCACCCUUCGUGGGAUAAGAAGACCGUGACUAUGACUGUCUCUUUCACUCCUGGAUCCGUCUCCCUUGCUGCCUGGGGUCUCACGCCGUCAGGAUACAAAUGGGGUGCCGAGAACAAGGAUACAACCUCGGAUCAGCCUCAAGGCUUCUCCACCAGCAUGGGUGAGAAGUGUCAGCUGCUUCUCAGUGAUAAGAUCCGCGGCUAUUUCCUUGUUCCCGAGGAUAACGUCUGGAACUAUAGCUUCAUGGGCAGCUCGUUCGGUAGCGUGGAGAAGAGACCUAUCUACGUCAAGAUCGAUACCCCGCUCAAGUUCUACGAUGACCAACACCGUCCGCUCCAUUUCCAGAACUUUGCUGAGUUGGAAGACAUCUGGGUUGAUCGGGCUGACAACUUUGCGUAA